AUGACGAAGAAGGUCACCCAAGAGGCUGAGCUCAAACUUGCCACCGCCGAAAUGGAUCACGAACAGGCCAUGGUUUCUUUCCGGGAAGGGAUCAAAGCCUCUGCCAUCGUCUCCUUGCUACAAGCUCGCAUCAAGAUGGCCUAUGAGGCCAAGGAGACAAGCCUCAUGUGCCCAGCUUGGCCGGUUGACUCUUGGGUGGCCAAGCUGAAGGAGCUUGGAGGAAAAGCUGUGCCACUCUCUGCAGAAGCUGGUGAGUCCUCCAAAUCAGAAGAGAGAUCGUUGGUUGUUAGUCCUGAAAAACAGCAGCUGGCACAAAUCUACGAUUUGCUGAGUAACUUUGAGAUAAAUGACAGAGGGGAUACUUGGGAACGGAUCGGGGCGGACUCGAAAGAGUUUAGCGUGGGAGCUGUCAAGCGGCUUUUAGCUAAAGGCAAUGACCACAGCAGUAAUUUCAUCUUAGAAUGGUGUAAAUGGUUACCCACAAAGUGUAACGUUUUUGCCUGGCGGGCAGAAAUGGGUCGGAUUCCUACGACCUUGGCUUUGCGGAAUAGGAACAUCUACGUCGAAGAUGUGAACUGUCCUUUCUGUAACGACAGGGAAGAGACAAUUGAACAUAUUUUUACAGCUUGUAGAACGGCGACGAUCAUUUGGAAUUUUGUCAGCAACUGGUGUCGUGUGCCAAAUUGUUUUGUGUUCUCUUUUAGAGAUUUGAUGGAGAUUCACAACCAUUCGGGUCUUAAUGAGCGGGAAAAAACCAUCCUUAACGGUAUUAUUAUCAUUUGUUGUUGGAGCAUUUGGAAAGCUAGGAACGAGUUUAGGUUCGCAAACAAACCGGCUCGGGUCGAGAACAUCAUUAGUGAGAUAAAGACGGGUUUUUAUGGGUUAGAAGUAGAACAAAGUUAA